AUGACAACGGCAACAGAAAUGGGGUCCACGAAAAUAACACCCGAGGUUCUGCAAGAGAUGCUACAACAUUACAAUUUAACGCGACAAGAGUUCAUCGAGUCUUACAACAUACAGCCGCUUGUCUACGUCCCCGAGUUGCCGUUGGGCGCUAAAACGACUUUCGUCAUCAUGUAUGCUGUCAUAUUCCUCCUGGCUUUGGUUGGGAACAGUUUGGUUGUCUACAUAGUGGUGCGUAAAAGAGCAAUACAGACCUCCACUAAUAUCUUCAUCUGUUCUCUGGCGGUGAGCGAUCUUCUUAUCACAUUCUUCUGUAUCCCGUUCACCUUGUUGCAGAACAUCUCGUCGGAAUGGCUCGGAGGUGUUCUCAUCUGCAAGACGAUUCCUUUUGUUCAGACUAUGGCCAUAGUGACGGGGAUUCUCACAAUGACCUGCAUCGCCGUGGAGAGGUACCAGGGAAUUGUCUACCCCUUGAAAAUGAGGAGGCAGUACACUCCGAAAAGAGCAUACAAGAUGCUAGGACUUGUAUGGAGUGCAUCAGUGGUUGUGGGAUCCCCAAUGCUGUUCGUACAGCAACUAGAGGUGAAGUAUGACUUCCUGUACGACCACCACCACGUGUGUUGUCAGGAGCGUUGGCGUUCCCUGAUCCACAGACAAGUGUACACCACCUUCAUCAUGGUAGCUCUGUUCCUGAUGCCCAUGGCAGCCAUGUUGUUUCUCUACACACGGAUAGGGAUAGAGCUGUGGUUCAGGAAGAGGGUGGGGGACUCCUCUGUCCUGAACACCAUGAACCACAGGGAGGUCAACAAAAUAUCCAGGAAGAAGAAGCGAGCUGUAAAAAUGAUGAUUACCAUCGUUCUGCUGUUCACAAUCUGUUGGGCUCCGUUUCAUACCGUUCACAUGCUGUUUGAGUACAACAACCUAGAGAAGAACUCUGACGAGGUGACGGUGAACAUGAUCAUCGCCAUCGUCCAGGCCAUCGGCUUCUCCAACUCCUUCAACAACCCGAUCAUCUACGCCUUCAUGAACGAGAACUUCAAGAAGAGCUGUGUGGCUACCUUGUCCCGCUGCCUCAGGAAGCCCUCCAACCACCAGGGCGGCGCUGUGGAGACGCCCAACAACCCCACUGUACUCUUUAUUAGACCACUGAAGAGGGAGGCCUUCUCAGAGACUGGAGGUGGGGCUAAUGGAGGCUUGGCGCAGGGCAUGCUGGAGAACGGUCCGUCUGUCUCCUCUCAGACCUCCUCAGCCUUAGCAGGGGAGAAGAUGACGGAGGACACUCAGCUGCCCAGUGAGCAGUGGAGAUCUGUUGAAAUAGUCUCCUUACAGUCUUGAAGAAGAAGCACUCCAGUCUUCUUCUCACCUCAUUUAUCCAAGUGUACAUUAUGGGAUAAAUUAGUACAGGUUCAGAAGUGUACCUUUUGGAAAAGGUACCCUAUUUAGGUUACCACCACAACGCAGUCUGUUCCUUUAAGUGGCAAAAAUGUACCACUAAAACAUUUUUUUGGGGUGUUGUUUUAAAAACUGUAUGGUGCAAAGCCUUAUUUGCAUAUUUCCCAGGGUGCCUUUCAAGUGAAUUGUAGAGUUACCAGUACCAUCAACGACUGUUUGCUAGUGACACAGACAGCAAAGUGAUAUGGAAUUCUCAUUGGAACGCAGCCAGAGUUAGAAUAUCCCCAAAUGUUUACUUUUAAAUCACCCUCAAACGGCAUUUAAAAUACAUUUACAUUUACAUUUAAGUCAUUUAGCAGACGCUCUUAUCCAGAGCGACUUACAAAUUGGUGAAUUCACCUUCUGACAUCCAGUGGAACAGCCACUUUACAAUA